AUGAACCUGCAGGUAUCUCCAGUGGCCUCGACGUCGGCGGCCUCAGGAUCUAUCGCUAGAAGCGCUCGACUACCUUUUCACAGCAACCCAGACAUCCUCGACGAAAUCUGCGAAUACCUUUCGUACGAAUACGACUAUGACCCCGACGACAUCAGCAGGAGCAGACAGGUCCUCCUAUGGGUCGCCCUAACGUGUAGAUCUUUCUUGGAACCGGCCCUGGACCGACUUUGGAGGUCGUUGGAUUCUCUAUUCCCUUUAUUGAAGGUGCUGCCCGCGUUCUUCCAGAGCGACGACACUUAUGUCCUGCGGGGGAGGAUAUCGCCAGAAGACUGGGCGCGAUUCGACUGGUAUGGGCGGAGAGUGCGCAAGUUUUCGUACACAAGAGACCCAGACAACCUCGACAUCGCCAUGCAUGUUUACUUCCGCCUCGCCCAGCUCCGCACAACCCCUCUUCUUCCAUCUCUCCGGCACCUUCAUUGUCCCUCCACCAGCCAAAACGACUUCCUGAUAUCAGGAAUAUGCCUCUUCCUUUCACCGUCCCUCCAAACCCUCGAGUUCGAAAACAUCUCUAAUGUGGAAGAUAAGCUAUGCGGAACAGUACUACACACACUUCAUUCCGACGGGGCACCUAUGGAAAAGAUUGUCCUGCGUGGUAGGGGGCUAUCGAGAGACACGGUGCGCAAGGUGAUCCAGUUUGAGCACCUGAAGGAGUUGGAACUGGCAGGGAUGGGCGAGUCGCUGGACAUGGAGAUCCUAGAGCACAUAGGAAGCCUGCCGUCGCUCGUCGAUCUUGCACUCGACUUUACUGACUCCAACAUCCCACCACUCGAGAACGACAUCGGUCUGAAGGAUUUACGGAGCCUCAUGAUCACUGCGCAAGUGCCAUUUAUCCAAGCGUUCUUGCCCCGCGUCGCCUCGAUGCGAUUAGAGACAUUCGUCGCUGUCGCCCCGUCCAACCCACCAGUCGAUAAGAAGGACUUCCUGGCAGACGUCGUGGCCUGUUGGAAGGACUCUCUACGGCGAAUAGCCCUGGUGCAUCAGGCAGUGGACGAAACCGCGGAGGAGCUCGACAUCACAGCCCUGGCACCGCUUCUACCGCUGCGCAAGCUCACGUACGUCCGGCUCGAGGGCUAUGUGAUGGAGCUACACGACAGGAACAUCGAGGACCUCGCGGUAGCAUGGCCCGAGCUAUCGACGUUACUCCUACCGUUCAUCUCAGCUGGACGCACGCGGCCGACUAUCCUCUCCCUUAGUGCGCUCGCUGAGCGGUGCCCGCACCUCCGGCACCUGCGUAUUCCGCUAAGCACCGUUGACCUGCCGACGUUCGUGUCCUCAGGUAACCCGCACGAAGCUGCGCACAAUCUCCAUGCCUUGACAAUCUCCACCGCCGACGACCCAUGGGAGCUGAGGGACCUCCUCCACCUCGCCCGGCAUAUUGACUACUUCUUCCCGAAGCUGCGGUGGGUGAAUGCGUAUGAGGGCCAUGAUUCGGAGCGGUGGGCGCAGGUGCAUGAGAUGAUCCAAAUGUACCAGGCAGUAAGGCAUGAGGCGACGGCGCUGGAACAGGGCAGAAUGAGAAGCCAGAUGCAGGCUCUAUCUGUGUGUUCGUGA